AAAUUCAAUAAUAUCUAAAAUCUUUAAACAUAAAAAUUAAUUAGUAGUUUACUAAAAAUGAAUCAAAGUAAACAAUUAUCUCAAUAAAACAUAUCCUACAAAAGUUCAGAUCAAGAUAAGUAGCAAAUGCAAAAUAUUUAGGCAUAAUAAGAUUUGCAAUAAAAUAACCAGGAUUAAUCUUAAAGCAAUGGAUAAUCUAAUAGUCAAUUUACUCCUUAAGAUGUAGCAUUUUAUAUUGAAAACUUGAAGAGAAAUUAUUUAGAAAGGUUAGAGUAAUUUUAGAUGACCAUUAAGGAUAUUUAUGAUAGGUUAGAGGGAGAUGAAGUAAUAGAUUCUUUGAAGAAUGACCCUGAGCUUGAAUCAUUCAGGGUUGAAAGAUUCAAAGAAAUAUUAAAAUAAAGCUUUUAAUAUGAAUAAGAGUUAUAUAUAGAUAAGAUGAUUGAAGCAAACUCGAUGCUGAAACUAGAUCUCAAAAAGUCUGAGGAAGAAAAAUAUAUCGAAAUUGAGUAAGCAAAGAUAGAAAUUUAAAAUAUAAGCAAAAAAGUUUUAGAGUUUGAAAGCGCUAUACAAUAGGAAGCGGCUUAAAAAAUGGUCUUAUAAAAUGAAUAUGAAAAAUUAUUGAAAUAAAAGAAUUUAGAAAAAGCUAAUUAUGACGAAUUGUUAAAAAUUAAGGAAUCCUCUUAGACAAAAUAGGAUUCAAUGUAUAAAUAAGAGCUUUAAAAUUCAAGAAUGGAAAUUGAAAGUCUACUUAAAGAAAAAAGCAAUCUACAAAUUUAGAAUGAAUAAAUGAAAGAUCAAAUAGAUACUCUAACUAAGAAUUUGUAAAUAUAUAGCCAGAAACAUCAGGCUAGAAGUGAGACUGAUCGCAUUUACGAAUAAAAGAAUGAAGAAAUGAAAAAUAUUAUAUAAAAGUUGUAAACUUAAAUUGUAGAUUUAGAGUCUUCUAAUGAAAAUUGUAUAGAGUAGCUUCACUUAAAAGACUAAGAAAUUUAAGUUAUCAAAACCUCUUUGGCUGAAACAUAAAAAGAAAAUGAUUAUCUAUCAAAUAAUACUGAGAAGCUAAAAGUUUAGAUAGCAAAACUUGAGAGUCUUGUCAAUGAAAAAAGUGGUGAGUUGAGUAAGAAAUUAGAGAAAGUUAGAAGCAAAAAAAAAGCUCUAAAAGAAAAAUUUAAUCAAAAUAAGCAGAUACUCGAAAAUCACAGUAGAGAGAUCUCUUAGUAUAAAAAAAAUAUAUAGGAAUAAGCAGAAUAAUAUGAAAGAACUAUUCAAGGAAUGAAAGGAGAUAUGCUUACUAUCAAAAACGAAUGGGAAAAAAGAUGUAACGAAGUAGAAAAAGAAUGCCAAAUUUUAGUUAAUUAAAGCAAAACUAAGUACGAAAUGUAAGCUUAAAAAAUAAAGCAAGAAUACUAAUAGCUUCUAGACAAAAAGAUGCAAGAACUUGAUGAGUCUACUAACUAACUUAACUUUUCUAAGGGCUUUAAUUCAUAAAUUUAAACAAAGAUUUAAUAAAUCGAGAAAGACUACAUUCUGAAGGAGUAGCAUGAAAAGAUAUUAGAAGGGGAGAUUGCUAAAUUAGAAGCCAAGCAUUAAGAGUUGAUUAAUCAGAUCUCUGAAAUACAUUAAAAUAAUAUUCAAGCAAAGAUAAAAGAAAUAUCAGAAAGGAAAUCAAGAGAAUAUGAAACUUUAUCCUAAGGUUUACAGAAUAAUUGCUUAGAUCUUCAAGCUAAAUUGUAAGACCAAAUUAAAUUAACUGCUUAAUAUAAAGAAAAAAUUCUUGAAGUGGAAAAUAAUUUUUACAAAAUCAAAGAUGAAAUCAAUUAAUAAAAUUAAUACAUCAAUCAAUUGAAAGGAUAAAAUGAAGAGCAUAUAAAUCACAGAAAAAAUCUUGAAAAUAAGAUUUUAAAUUAUUAAUAAGACUUAGAAGAUAUCAGAAAUUCUAAAAAGCAAGUAGAAGAAGCCUUAUAAGAGCAGUUAGAAUUAAGCUAAAUGCAAAGUGAAAGUAUUUAAAAAUUGCAAACCAAUUUGGAAGAGUACAAUUAAAAGGAGGAGCAAUGGUAGAAUGAAAACGAAGAACUCUAAAAUAAUCUCUAGCAAUAAUAUGAAAGUUAAGAGUCUUUGAAACGCCAAUUAGAGUAAAUAAAAUAAAAGCAAGAAGUAGAAAAGUAGUCUGCUAUUAGAAAUGUCCAGUUUUAGGAAAGUAUAAAGCUUGAAAAAGAAAAAGAAGAACAUGAGGAAACAAAAUAAAAACUAUUGUAACUAGAAAGGAAAGUAAAAUAAGUUUAAAAAGAAUAAGAAAAAAUAAAUGAAGAUUAUGAAGAAAGAUUACAGUAAAUGCAGGAAAAGUCAAUUAAAAUAUCAGGGUAAAAAGAAAAAUUGGAAACUGAAAAGAAGGAUCUGAUAAUUUAAGUGAAUGAAAUUCAACAGAAAUAUGAGGCCUUCACAAGCAAAAUAAAUAGAGAUAAACAAAGAAUAUGCAAGAGAUUAGGAUUAUAGUUGAAAAGUCUAAAAGAUGAUCUAUCAGAUAUUUAAAAUGAUAGCCAGUUAGACAUUGCUAAAAUAUAUGAAGUAUCAAAAUAAACUAUUGUCCAAUCAAUAGAUCAUUUUAACAACCUUAAGCAGAGGGAGAUAAAUAAGCUUGAGAAUUAAUUUAGGUAAAACUAAGAAGAAAUACUUAAUGAAUUCAAUGAAAAAAUGGAGUAAAUAGAGGAAAAUUUAAGAAAUCAAGCUAACUCGACAAAUGUUGAUUUACAAAAUAUAAUUGAUUAAUUGAAAUCAGAAAAUGAACAGCUUUAAGAUAAAAUAUCGAGCUUAUUGGCAUCUCAAGAACUAAUAGAGAAGGAAAAAAAGAAAUUAGAAUCUCAAUUAUCUAACUUAGAAAAGCAUAAUGAAAAAUUAGAAGGAAUAAUUAAAAGAAAUUCAGAAGAUAUGGAGGAACAUAACAAAUUCUUUGCAGCAGAGAUAAAAAGGAUAAAGGAUGAAUCAAAUAGUCUUGUUUAACUUGCUGUUGAUUCAGCUUUAUAGAGUAGUAAGCAAGAAAUAGAUAUCCUUCAAAAGAAAAUAGCUACUUUAUAAUCUAUGAAUGAAAAGGCAAAAGCUAAGGAGGAUACUAUAUAUGACUUGAAUAGAGAAAUUUAGCAAAGAGAAGGCAAUAUUGAUGAAUUACAAAAGCAAUUUGAAUAGAAUAUGAAAAUAAAAGAUGAGGAAAUUCAAAAAAAAGAGAACCUCAUUGAAAAACUGAGAGCAGAAUUAUAAGAAAUGCAACACAUUUACGAAAAAAUGUAAGAAGAAAAUAACUAAGCCUUCGAAGUUUUAGAAAAAAAACUUGAAAAUUAUAAAUAAGCAAUAAGUAGCGAGGCUCAGAAGUAUCAAAUGGUAAAAGAAUAAAGCAAUCUUGAAAUAUAAAGUUUAAACGAAGAGCUUGAAAUUGUUCGUCAAUAACUCGCCACAAAAGAAUAAAAUAUUGAUAAUUUGGCAAAGUACUAAGAAUUAUAGACUUACUCGAAAAGAUCACAACUUCCAUAGCAAUUUAUUUAAAAUCAAUUAUAAAAUAAUUAAACUACACAAGCAUAAUAAACACAUAACUUGCCACCAUAACCACCAUCAUCCCAUUUAAAUACUACUUCAAGCGUAUUUUCAACUCAUAGAAACAAUUAGCAAUAUCCAUAAUAAUAAACAUCAUACUCUGCUGUUAGAACUUUGAAGUAAAAUAACAGUGCCAGCAAUUUGAUAGCUACAUAAUAAAAUAAUAAUUCAAGCAGUUUUAACAUUUCUCAUCAACCUGGAAAUAAUAGCGCUUCAAAGAUAUAGAAUGUUAAUUAUUUAAAUUAUAAUGAAAAACCUGUUAAGUUGGAGGCUACUAAUCAACUAAAUCAAGCUAGUACUCAUCAAACAUAGUUUUAUAAGUACUAAGCUGAUAAAUCAUAUGUAAAGUAGUAUUCUCUUGACAAAUCUUUUGAUGCUUAAAGGUUAGAUACUUUAAGCGAUCUCAGUAGGUAGCAUAAAAUUGUUUCGUAAGCAAAAUUGGCAUCUUAAUAGCAAAACUCUUAGGCUUCUCUAUCAGUGAUUAAAGGAAGUAGCCACUCUCCCAUUGAUAUUAACACGCCUUAGCCAGAUAAUAAUAAUAAUUAUAAUGCUCAAAAUAACAAUAGAAACUUGAAGACUAAUUCAAGUAGUGAUUCAGGACUUUUGUUUGAAAUAAAGCUACUCCUUGCUUAAAGCUAUGACCUUGUGAAUAAAAAUAGUAAUAUCGCUAGUGGAGUGCCUGUAGAAGGAAAGAAUUUAGCUAAAUAAAAUUCAAGAGGAUCAUUAGUUAAUCACGGAUAGUCAGUAGCUACUACACUGAAUGAUAAUAGCUCUACUCAUAAUACUAAUAUCCAAACCUAUGGCCAUAUAAAAUCUGUAGGAUCUUAAAGUGGUAUCUAUAACAAUAUACCUUCUAGUUCAACAGCGAGACUUCAAAAAUAUUCAAGUGGUGGAAAUAUGAAUACAGAAAAUAACUAACCUAAACAUGAUUAAACGGAAGAAGAUUAUACCUCACAAAAUACAAUUUCGAAUGGUAACAUAAAAAAGUCUUUAACUUCAAGAUACAGUACUAAAAAUUCUGAUUUUAGUUUUAAGAACUCAAAUAUUUGA